UCUCAGUCCCAUUUCGAUCCUUUUCUAUCCAUUUAGCUUUUGUGUUGUGGGCGAAAAAGCAAAGGCCAUGGAGGUUCUUGCACGACCUCUCUUCAAAUUAACCUCCACAAUAACUCCUUCCAAAACUUGUCACACUCAUUUCAACAACAAAUCAAUUCUUCUCCUUCCACAACUCUCCGCUUUCUCGACCUUCACUUUCUCCGCUUCUUCUCGUUCUCUUUCACCUGUUGAACCAGUUAGACAUGCAACACCGGAGAGUCAAUUGAGUUCUGAUACAAGAGAAUGGGUAAUGCAAGAUUUUUAUACCUUAAGAAGAGAUGUAGAAGCUAUCUCAGCACAUGUCGAAGAGAUUAGAGCCUCUGCUGGUUUGCAGCAAUUAGAACAAGAACUUGCAGGUUUGGAGUCGAAAGCAGCUAAUAGUUCGUUUUGGGAUGAUCGUGCUAAAGCUCAAGAAACCCUUCAGGCCUUGACCGACAUCAAGUACAGGAUAAACUUGCUAACUGAGUUCAAAACCAAGGUUGAUGAUGCUGUAACUAUUGUUAAUCUAACGGAGGAGAUGGACUCAAUAGAUGCUGGACUUCUUGAAGAAGCAGCCGGUAUCAUUAAAGAAUUAAGCAAGGCCUUGGAUCAAUUCGAGUUGACCCAACUUCUUUCUGGUCCCUAUGACAAAGAAGGUGCCAUUAUCUCUAUCACUGCUGGUGCUGGGGGAACUGAUGCACAGGAUUGGGCUGAUAUGCUUCUCAGGAUGUAUGUGAGAUGGGGAGAGAAGCAAAGAUAUAAGACAAAGGUAGUUGAGAAAUCCGCUGGAGAGGAAGCUGGGAUUAAGUCAGCUACAGUUGAAGUGGAAGGCCGCUAUGCUUAUGGUUAUCUGUCUGGGGAGAAAGGAACGCAUCGGAUUGUGCGACAGUCUCCUUUCAAUGCCAAAGGUCUUCGUCAGACAAGCUUCUCUGGUGUUGAAGUCAUGCCUCUUCUUCCUGAAGAGUCUCUUGAUGUUGAAAUACCUGAGGAGGACCUGGAAAUUAGUUUUUCAAGGGCGGGUGGGAAAGGGGGUCAGAAUGUGAAUAAGGUUGAAACUGCUGUUCGGAUUACACACAUUCCCACUGGUGUUACUGUUCGCUGCACAGAGGAGAGAUCCCAGUUAGCAAACAAGAUUAAGGCUCUUAGCAGGCUGAAGGCGAAGCUGUUGGUCAUAGCCGAGGAGCAACGGGCAUCUGAAAUCAAGCAAAUAAGGGGAGAUGCAGUGAAGGCUGAAUGGGGGCAACAAAUAAGGAACUAUGUGUUUCAUCCAUACAAACUUGUCAAAGAUGUACGAACCGGUUUUGAGACAUCCGAUAUAUCUUCUGUAAUGGAUGGUGAAUUGGAAUCCUUCAUCAAAGCAUAUCUCAAACACAAAUACAGUAUGUCAGUAUCUUCCACUGCUAGUGGUGGUAACUAACAUUUUAUUGAUUCUCAGUUAACUUGCUCAUUUUGCUCCAUGUUUAUAUUGGCGCAAAUUGUUUAGAUGAUAGUAACUUUAGUAAAUUUUAUCAUUAUUCUAAGUUGUUUUAAUCUCCCAUAUGCUCCAAGAGAGAGUAAAUUCUUUUAGCUGCAUGUUCUAAGGGCUUGAAUUCAUGUAAGGAUCAACACUUCUUUUAUAGAAUAGCAUAUAAUACUAUGUUUAUAACUGAGUCAUACAACCGGACAAAAAACAUAGAACAGAGUAGUCAUUUUAUAUGAAUUUUGUGUAAUUUUUGUCUGAUUGUAUGACUCAGUUGUAAGUAUAACAUUAUUCUAUUUUAUAAGUUAGUUGUUGCAUAUAGUAAACUGUAAGCGUGAUCUGU